GUCGAGUUGAUCAUACGUUCUGCAGAAUGCGGAGAAGCUGUCAUGGAUGAUUCCGUGUGGAUAGCUUCUACUGCAGCAACAGACUGAAUUGGAGGUUGGAACCGGGGUAUCAGGAUGUCGUUCGUCCGUGAUUGUUCCCUGUUGGAGAUGUCCUUGCUCGUUCUUGGAGAACACAGGAUGCGACGCAUACUUAAGGCCAUCGUUCACCUGGCGGUAGCGGGUCGGUAUGGCUAUCGAACAAGCUCCUUCGUCAAUCCAUUUGAAUUAGACAGUGCAGCACCCAAGUCUCCCUUGAACCAUGAAGACUGAGCUCAGCGAGUACUCCCAACGCCGUGGCACGACCGGCCCGUACGCGGACAACCUCAACGUUGAUGUGCUGAUUGUUGGGGCCGGCUUUGGAGGCAUUUAUUGCCUCUACGAAAUGCGCAAACUCGGUCUCAGGGCCGUCAUCUACGAAGCGGGCAAUGAUCUGGGCGGAACGUGGCGAUGGAACUGCUAUCCGGGAGCUGGUGUUGAUUCGGAAGUCCCCGAGUACCAGUAUUCCAUCCCAGAGACAUGGAAAGACUGGACCUGGUCCACCAACUACCCGACCUACGACGAGCUGCGGAGGUACUUCGAUCAUGUGGAAGACGUCCUUCACGUCAAGAAAGACUGUGCCUUCGACAGUGUGGUCGUGGGCGCACAGUUCAACACCGACGAAGGCCGCUGGCAGAUCAAGACAGCCGAUGGAAGGACUGCAUACGCAAAGUUCUUCAUCAUUGCUGCUGGCUUUGCUGCCAAACGCUAUGUUCCCGAGUGGCCAGGAAUCGACUCGUUCAAGGGAAUUGUCCACCAUUCGUCCUUUUGGCCCGAUGAACACAUCGAUGUCCGUAACAAACGCUGCGCCGUCAUUGGCACCGGAGCAUCUGGUGUGCAAGUCGUUCAGGCCUGGGGUCCAGAAGCUGGCUCGCUGAAGGUCUUCCAGCGGACGCCCAACCUUGCCGUCCCCAUGCGUAAACGGUCGCUUACCAUCGAAGAGCAGCAGCAGGCAAAGAUCUUCUACCCGGAGCUGUUCGCAUAUAGGGAGAAAUGCUUCGCUGGAUUUCUUUAUACUUUCUGUGAGAGAAACACCUUUGAGGAUAACGAGGAGGAAAGGGAAGCUUUCCUCGAAAAGCUCUGGAAGGAUGGAGGAUUCCGCUACUGGGUCGCCAACUACAAAGACUACCUCUACGACCCCAAGGCAAACCGGGUGGUCUACGACUUCUGGGCCAAGAAAGUCCGCCAGCGCAUCGGAGACCCAAGGCUCCGAGAUAUUUUGGCUCCGUUGGAACCCCCCCAUCCAUGGGGCGUCAAGCGGCCUUGUCUGGAGUAUAACUACUAUGAGCAAUUCAACCGUCCCAACGUCGAAGUGGUGGAUAUCCAAAAUAACCCUAUUGAGGGUUUCACGGAGACCGGCAUCAUUCUUCAGGAUGGAACAGUGCACGAGUUUGAUGUAAUCUGCAUCGCCACUGGCUUCGACAUCACCACCGGUGGCAUGACCAAUAUGGGUCUGCGCAGUAUUCACGGUACUCCGUUGAAAGAGGAGUGGAAGGCAGGCGCCUACACUUACCUGGGAACUACAGUCAGUGGAUAUCCCAACAUGUUCCAUCUGUACGGACCGCAUGGGCCAACCCUGCUCAGCAACGGCCCUACGACCGUUGAAAUCCAGGGCCGUUGGAUCCGCGAUGUUAUCAAGCAGAUCAACCGUCAGGGCAUCAAGUACAUCGAUCCCACGCCCGAAGCAGCCAGUGCGUGGAAGCAACGCAUCAACAAGCUCUCUGACGAAUCUCUCUUUCCCACCACAAAGUCCACGUACAUGGGAGGUAGCAUGCCAGGGAAGGUGUUUGAACAGGUCAACUAUGCUGGUGGGGAGUAUGAGUAUUCUAAGGAGAUUCGGGCAGCGCUUCCAAACUUUACUGGGUUUAAAGUCGUCAAGAAUUGAGAUGGAGGUUUAGUAUAUGCGUAUCUAGAGGGGUUCUUUAUUAACACAAUAGCAAGAAGC